AGAAACGUACCCUGUUGGUCAGAGAACUGGAAAAAGAACAAGUAGCGGUUCUCGCAGUUGAACAACAUGAGUGCCUCGGGGGCGCGUCAGGGUAUGACGACGGCGACGGGCAGCGAAGCCGUAAUCAGCGCUGCUGAUAGUUUGGAGAGGGCCCAUCAACUUGCUUUAGCAUAUGAACAGCCAAUGCUUGCGCUGAAAGCGUACGGCGCGUGGAUGCGGGCCUCAACUGCGUCCCCUCGCGCGCGUGCCUUUGGGUUGCUCGACUUUUCUCUCUAUUGCAAUAAGUUUGCUAUGGAGCAACGAAGCACCCCAGACGCCGACGCAGGUCUUCGUCUCGUUCGUGUGCGAGACUAUUUUCAACUGGUGUUGGAUGCGUUUGAGGACACGUAUCAGGUCCGAGUACCCCUUUUCACUGCAGCAGACGAAGCGGGCUACACGGAAACACUCGCGGUGACGAUGCCCAUCAAGGCGGUUCCUGAUGGACUCCUGAUCGCAUUGCAAGUCACGCUUCAUAACUGGGCAUGCCUGGAAGCGAAUUCUGAAUCUGAGGGAGUGAAAAGGGCGGAAAGACUGUUUGACGCGAGUCGCCAGGUCGAGGAGCAUAUGGAAAACUUUUCUCACCUUGGCUGGUCGUGGGAAGCGGUGCGGUGCAUCACUUCUGCUGUGCAAGCUCUGAUGCGGUGCGACUUUGCUGCUGCGGAAACAGCCAGUCGCUUAGCGGUGGAGCUUGUUCGUGUGAACGCGAAGGGGCAGGAGAAGACGAGCACUACCCCUUUAACGAGCACAGCAGUUAGCGAGAUAGACGGCGAUACGGAGUUCCUACAGGCGCUAGCUUAUUACACACUGGGAAUUGCGAACGAGGCCUCCGCGUGCGAGGAAUCUCUGCAAAACUACGAAGAGGCCCUCCUGCACGUUUCUGAAGGCCAUAAUGCAAAUCUGUACCAAUCUGUGAUAGAGCGGGCGCGUGAGCAGCUCGCGGGCUACGUCGAAGAGGAACACCACCGAGAGCGCAUGCGCCUCGCCGCAGAGGAAGAGAUCGCAGCAGCUCACGGGGACCGCAGAGCUCAGAAGGCAAUACGGCAGAGGAAAGCGCAGGAGGCCGCGCGUCGCACAGCACGCAAGGUGUCCAACUCACGGACGUCCUUUUCCGGGCAAAACCUCUCGCCAGUUGGGGCUCCACCGGUUCCCGAACCUCUUCAGCGCUAUCUCGCAGAACACGGCCUAUCAACGCUCGUGCUUUCUGUGUGUAAUUUCAAAGGCGUUCUCAAAGCUCUCGGGCGUUGCCUGCUCGAGGAUGCCCCCGACGAGUCACUGCCGGCUUCCCUUUUUGCGGACACGCGUUUCGAAGCUAGUGACGGGGAGACUAUUUUUGCGGUGCUCCUCUGCACCAACACACCGCUGCAGUGGACGUUUCGUUUGCGCGAGGCAGCCAACCAGCCACGCUCCACUCUCCAUCGUUCUGUUUGGUCUCCGCGACCGACGCUGGCCCCGCUGCUAACGGAAUUGGCGGCGCAGCGUCCGCCUGGUCCAAAGAGUGUGGCGGCGGCGCAAACACGGAAGGAGAUUGUGGAGGGCAACACCAAGUUGCGUCAACAGGUGCUGCAGCUUUUCGCACCCCCAUCGGCGGCGCCCAAGGUAAAGCAAAAUGCGCAUGAGUCUGUCAACACAGUGGUGCAGCUCCUAGGACAGCGCUUGGGAGUGUUGCUCAAGACGGAGCGGGCGUUUGAGGACCACUGGUCAGCAACGGGACGCAUUUUGUCUGCUCUUCAGUCCUACGCGGUAUCACAGGACCUCGUGUGUGUGAAGCGAACACUGAUGUCCCAACAGCGACUGCGCCAAAUGCGCCUCGAGCGAAGUGCUCGCACCAUCGUACACUUCUUCCGCGACAUCGUAGGUCAGCGGGCUCUGCGUGCUGAGCAGGCCGCGGCAGAUCGUCAGCGACUUGCAGCUCGAGAACAGGCAACAAUCGUUCUUCAAAAAUAUGUGCGACGCUGGCUGGCCUGUCAAGAAGCCGGGAGGAGGGCAAACGAGCGCGCAGAGUACGUUAACAAGAUCCUCAUCGUGCAGAGUCUGGCACGAGGGAAGUUUGCAAGAGCGGCGUUCGAUGACUUCCGCAAAGCGUGGGGACGGCAAAAGGAACUGGACUACGACCGAACAAAACAGGCAUGUGCGGCCCUUCAAAUCCAACGUGCGUACCGCGGCCACUGCGCCCGUUUGCGUUGCUACCACCUUCGGGGACUCGUCCACGAAGUGACGCUUCAUCACUUUCGAGAUUCGCGAAUCUACUACGCGACGUUGAUACAAAAAUGUGUUCGCGGAAUGCUUGUGCGGCUCCAGUACGGGAAGGCAGUGUAUGCGAAGCGAUGCUACGGCCGUAACGUGUAUCGUAGACGGCUGUGGGAGCGAAGCUGUGUGGUCAUUCAGCGUGCAUUUCGUGCAUACCGCCUGCGUCGUGCUCGCACGCUUCACAUUGUCUCAAUCGGAGAAGACCUUCUGUUGAGCGACGCUUCAUCAGGCAGGCCACUUACAUAUGGAAAUGCGACAAAGGUGUCUGCGGGACGCGCGAACGAAAGCGCCGCCGCACGAUGCAUUCAGGGCGCCUAUCGCUCUUGCGUAGCGAGGCGUCGUUGUGAAGCCCUGAAGUACGCCCGGGCGAGGGAAACCCAAUCCAAAGAGCAGCUUGACUGGUCUGGCGCACCUCCAUUUUCUUUGAAAGAGUGUGUAUUUUGA